UUCACUCUCCCCUAUCGAACGAGCCCGUUUUCGUUUACCUAGAAGAAAAAUCUAUACUCUCUUUUUCUCUAACUCACCUGCUUGGCCUUUUGGUCUUUCGAUUAUCCGAAACCCUAGCUCGAUCCGCCGGCGAAUUAAAGAUUCCGGUGAGUAUACGGUCUUUAGUGAGCAGAAAUUGUUUGUGUUUGGUAGUUUUGUGUCACUUGAUUAGGUUUUACUUUUAGCUGAAAGUGAGCGAAUUUAGGAGUGAGGGAGGCUAAUUUCAGCUUUUUCAUCGUGGUUAUUGUGGAACGAUAGAUGAGCUUACGAUUGGGGAAGAGUUGAGGAUCAACCGGCCUGGAUUUCGUCACCGAAUGGAGGGAGGUAGCGUCUCUAGACUUACUUGUUCUGGAAUACACCCAUGGAUUAUGAUGACAAUGAUCUUCAAAGCCAGAGUUUUCAUUUAGCUGGUGAAGGGAGCAAUAAAUUUCCUCCUGUUUUACAGCCGUAUGCUCUUCCAAAGUUUGAUUUUGAUGACAGUCUUCAUGGAACUUUAAGGUUUGAUAGUUUGGUUGAAACUGAGGUUUUUCUGGGCAUUGAAAAUAACGAAGAUAGCCAGUGGAUUGAAGAUUUCUCUCGGGGUAGUAGUGGGAUACAGUUCAGUCCAGGUGCUGCAGAGUCUUGCUCAAUUUCAAGGUGCAACAAUGUCUGGUCUGAGGCAACCUCCUCAGAAUCUGUUGAGAUGUUAUUAAAAUCUGUUGGCCUGGAAGAACAUAUUCCUGCACAAAUUAAUACGAAGGAAUCAGAUGGCUGUGAUGAACUGGGUUGCAUAGUAAAACAAAUGGAGCCCAGCUCAAAACAGGAUACUAGUAUACCAGCUAGAGUGGUAGGUAUUACAAGUUUACAGCCCACUUUACAGCCAGGUGAAAUUCCAGAAAAAUUUUCUGUGUUAAAUGAUGAUGGCGGACAGCAGCCUCAGGUUGAGGAUAGUUCACAGAUUCAUCAAGCCAAUGCAUCUGGUGAUCCAUGUUUAGGUGACCUAACUGCUAUUAGUGUAGAGGUCAGGUUAGCCAGUGCUGAGGGGAGUCAUUUCAGUGAUGAUAAAUGUAAUGAUGUGAAUGAAAAGGAAGUCGAUACUGUUAUUAAUGAAUCUUUUGAUAACCGGACACAAGAAGGUUCUUCUCCUGUGAAACAAACUAAUAAUACAUUUGCUACUGCAGAAGUCAUCAUUACGAGCAAUGAUGGAUUGAUUAAUGAAGGUUUGUCAAAUCAUAUAAAUGAGGUUGCUGAUAAAAAUGAAGAUGUUUCAGGAACAGAUAUGCGUGAGCACCUGGAGGAAGGGGGUGUGUUAAGUCAAGGACUUCAAAUGCAUGCUCUGGUUUUGAAUGCAGAAGUGGAUGAAAGGGACACUUCUCAUUUGAACAAUCCUCUUUGCAUGACCUCAGAGGAAUCUAUGGAAGAAGCAACUGAAAUUGAAAAUAACAUGGGCAAUGUGGAAGAACCUAAUGUAACACCCAAGGAGGAUUCUGGCUUAGAAAUGCAUGUACAUUCUGUAGUGCCACUCUUGGUGGUUGAAGGAAAUACUACAGUUGAAAGGCAUGAAAUUGAGAAGUCAGAUCCAUCCGACAUUAUAUGCGCUGAAGAUAAAGUGGAUGAAAGCAGUGGCCAUGCAGCUGUUAAUUAUAGUUUGCCUGAAGUCUGUUAUUCGGCUGAGUUCAUUAAUGAGACACAUGCUGAGUGCCAUGUUUCAUUACCUGCAAUUGUUGACUGCAUGCAAAUGUGUGAAGAAAAUGAGGUCCCCAAACAAUGUGAUGUUGACAAAUGUGAUAAAGAUGUUCCUGUUACUGAGCAAAAAGAGAGCAUGCAUUUGGAAGCUGAUGUUAGUGAAAGCAAUAAAAUAACCGAUAAAGAGGUUGGGACAUCUGAGGGUAGCAGUAGCACAGAAAAUGAGUUGCUAGUUUCUAAACCUCAAUCAGAAUCUACUGCUGGAAACGAAUCAGCUUUAGAUUUCACCUCCAAAAGUGCUGAUUUGUCCUGUAAUACACUGGAUGAUGUACCUGAGUCUUCCAAGAAUGGCAAUAGUACAGAUGCGGUUAUUGAUCACAAGGAUGUUAACGUAUCAUAUUUACCUCUGGUGCUUGCUUGCUCAGAUAGAGAGGACGAAAAUGUUGCCAAGAUUUCUUCCGAAGCAAGUUUAUCUGAUCAUAAGGCAUCUUAUCAAGUAACAACUGUUUCUGAACCUGAGCAAGAAUUGUCUACUGCUGCUGAGCAGAUGAUGUGUGAGCCAGUUGAUAAUUCUGUGGCAGCGGAGAAUGCUUGUAAAACAGAAAGACAAAUAGAACCUCUUGAUGUAGUAAUUGAAAAGGUCAGCCAGGACUGCACUAAGGAUAAAGAAUUGUGUCCAGCUCCUUGUGAUUCAACUGCAAACGAGGGAGAUAGCAUUGAAGCACUAGUAGAAGAAAAUGAUGACAAGAAAGCUAGAAAUGUUUCAGAACCAACUGUAGACAGUGAGAUGCUUGGACCCUCGGCCUUAAAGGAGUCUUGCCCGGAUAGUAAUCAGAAAGGACAGGAGGAGCAUAGUGCCGUGGUACCUAGAGAUAAUAGUUUUCAGCAACCUGCUGUUCAAAGCUCUAAUGUAGAACAUGGAAGUAGUGCUGAUCUUGACAAGGCAGCUGGUGGUUCCCCUACUGUUAUUAGAACUACUGACCUUUCUCGUGAUGAGAGUAACAAGGAGGAACUCCAAAGAUCGUCAGAUCAGAGUGUUUCAGUUUCUGAGGUAACUGAUGGUGAUGUCACCAAAAUACAGUCUGCUUCUAAGGAUCCUCCAAGUCAACAUGAUGCCUCUAAAGAUGAGAAUAGUUUUACCUUUGAGGUCAGUCCAAUGGCAGAUUUGCCUCGGAGGGAUUCCCAGAAAUGGCGGCCCUUUUCAAAUACAGAAGGUGGCAAAGCAUCCCCGAUUGUGGAUGGAUCUACUUCGAGUUCUGGUUUUGGCCAAUUAGAUCCCAAAAUUGCUCAAGGUAUUACUCAUGGAAGUCCAAAGGUUCCUGAUGUAGCUGUUGCACGUGGUGCUUCAAAAGGUAGCUCUGAGCGUAAAACAAGACGUGCUUCAGGUAAGGCAACAGCAAAAGAAACUGCUAAGAAGGGAAAUCCUGUUAAAGUAGCAUCAUCUGUGAGAUCAGAAAGAGGAGACAAAACAACCCAUGUGUCCCUGAGCCCAUCUGGUGUUUCUCAACUUGUGCAAUCCAGUGAGAUGCAGCACCAUGGACAUGUGGAUUCCAGUAAUGUAAAACCACCAUUUGUUCUUGCAACAUCAACUUCUGGUCUGCCGGAUUUGAAUUCUUCCAUUUUAGCUGCAGCGUUUCAGCAACCUUUCACAGAUGUACAGCAAGUGCAAUUGCGUGCUCAGAUCUUUGUUUAUGGAGCUUUGAUACAAGGAACACCUCCUGAUGAAGCAUAUAUGAUAUCUGCAUUUGGAGGACCUGAUGGCAGUAGGAGCAUUUGGGAGAAGGCAUGGCGCUUGUGUAUAGAAAGGCUUCAUAGUCAAAAGUCUCAUCUCAUUACCCCUGAGACGCCUCUGCAAUCUCGGUCAGGUGCUAGAGCUCCUGAGCAAUCAAGUAAACAAAGCGCGCUUCAAAGUAUGGUCUCCUCACCUGCUGUUCGUGGCAGCAGCAAGGGUGCUACAAUAGUGAAUCCCAUUGUACCUCCCUCUUCACCACUUUGGAGCAUGCCUACUCCUGGUGACACUUUGCAAACAAGUGGCAUGCCAAGGAGUCCAGUUAUGGAUUAUCAACGAGCACUUUCUCCUCUGCAUCCUCAUCAAGGUCCUGUUAUCAGGAAUUUUGUUGGGCAUGGACCUUCUUGGCUAUCUCAGGCUCCUUUUGGCGGCCCUUGGGUUGCAUCUCCACAGGCUUCUGCUCUUGACACAAGUGGUCGUUUUUCUGUGCAAUUGCCUAUCACUGAGACAGUUCAAUUGACACCUGUAAAAGAAUCAUCUGUGCCCCACUCAUCUGGUGCAAAGCCUACUGUUCCCAUGGUUCAGAGUGCAACUUCUGCUGGUGUUUCUGUGCUUGAUGCGAAAAUGGUAACAGCAGCAGCCAAUCAAACUUCUGCUGAUCCAAAGCCUAGAAAAAGAAAAAAGACUUCAGUUUCUGAGAAUCCUGGACAGAAUGUUUUACCACCUCCUCAUGUGGAACCAAUUAUUGCUUCUGUUGUUGCAAAUCCGGUGUCUACUCCUAUUGCCAGCACAACUCCUGUUGGGUUUUUUCCUAAAGCCCCCACAGAGAAAUUUAUUACAUCUGUAACUCCUACAUCUUCAGAUCUGAUGUUGGGGGUCCAGAAUGUGGAAACAAGGGCAAUUUCGUCCGAGGAUACCCUUGGUAAGAUAAAGGAGGCUAGGCUGCAGGCAGAGGAUGCUGCUGCUCUUGCUGCUUCUGCUGCUACUCAUAGCCAGGAAAUAUGGGAUCAGUUAGAUAGGCAGAAAAAUUCAGGAUUGUUACCAGAUGUUGAAACCAAGCUAGCUUCUGCAGCUGUUGCAAUAGCAGCUGCUGCUGCUGUUGCAAAGGCGGCAGCUGCAGCUGCCAAGGUUGCAUCAGAUGCUGCAAUGCAAGCUAAACUGAUGGCUGAAGAAGCAGUAGUUUCUUGUGGUCACCACAACCCUAGUCAGCUCAAUGUAAUAUCUCUAUCUGAUGGCAUGAAAAUUAUGGGUAAGGCUACACCUGCAUCUAUUUUGCAGGGAGGUGAUGGAACAAACAGUUCCAGUUCAAUUCUUGUUGCUGCAAAGGAGGCUGCUAGAAGGAAUGUUGAAACCACUUUGGCUGCAUCAAAACGAGCUGAAAAUAUGGAUGCCAUAGUAAAAGCUGCUGAGUUGGCAGCAGAAGCUGUGUCUCAAGCUGGUAAAAUAGUAGCUAUGGGUGAUCCUUUAUCAUUGAGUGAGCUUGUAGCUGCUGGCCCAGGGGGUUAUUGGAAAGUAGGACAAGUGACUUCUGAGCUGGUUUCUAAAUCAAAUGACAUAGGUGGAGGAAAUAUGAACGUGGGCAGUGGUGGAGGUCCAGAUACUUCUACCAGGCAGUUAAAAGAGGUUGCAUCAGACGAGAAAGGAAAUCAGAUCUCUGACAUUGGGAAGUCACCUACUUCUAGAGUUGUAUCUAGUGAGGAACAUGGGAGAUUAUUAGAUGGUGUCUCUGGCUCUUGUGCAAUCACUGCAAAGGAUGCCAAAGGGCAAAAGGGCCGCAAGGCUUCUGAUUUAACCAAAACCAUCGGUGUGGUCCCUGAAUCAGAGAAAGGAGCUAUAUAUUCCACUGUUCAGAAUGAGUAUGGAAAGGGAGAAACUCUAAAAGAGAAUAGCAUUAAGGAGAGUUCCAUUGUCGAGGUUUUCAAAGAUGGGAGUGGAUUUAAGGCCGCCUGGUUCCCAGCCAAAGUUUUGAGUUUAAAGGAGGGAAAGGCUUAUGUGAGUUACACGGAGCUUGCAUCUGGUGAAGCCUCAGAAAAGCUAAAGGAGUGGGUUCCACUCAAAGGUGAAGGGGAUGAGGCACCCAAAAUACGUGUGGCCCGUCCUCAUACUGCCAUGCCGUUUGAAGGAACAAGGAAGAGGAGGAGAGCUGCAAUUGGGGACUAUAAUUGGUCUGUUGGUGAUAGAGUUGAUGCAUGGAUACAAGAUAGCUGGUGGGAAGGAGUGGUAACUGAACAGAGUAAGAAAGAUCAGCCAAUGGUAACUGUCAAUUUUCCAGCUCAAGGAGAAACAGCAGUACUUAAACCGUGGGAACUUCGGCCUUCUCUCAUAUGGAAAGAUGAGGAAUGGAUUGAAUGGUCAAAUUCAGGAGAGAAGAGGCACUCUUCUCAUGGGGUUGAUACCCCACAAGUGAAGCGACCAAGGGUGCGUAGCCCUGUUGUGGAGGCCAAGGGAAAGGGUAAGGCCUCAAGAAGUAUUGAUGCAAUGGAAUCUGAUAAAUCUGAUGAUCCAACAUUAUUAGAUUUAUCAGCUGAUGAAAAACUAUUCAACAUUGGUAAAAGCACUAAAGUUGAGAACAGGCCUGGUUCAAUGAGAAUGACAAGGACUGGAUUGCAGAAGCAAGGAUCUAGAGUAAUAUUUGGUGUACCUAAGCCUGGAAAGAAAAGGAAAUUUAUGGAAGUUAGUAAGCAUUACGUUGCAGAUCGGAGUAGUCAACUCAAUGAAGCAAAUGAUUCAGUUAAAUCAACAAAGCAUUUGAUGCCUCAAGGAGCUGGAUCCCGGGGAUGGAAAAAUACAAAGGCUGAAUCAAAUGAAAGACGAACAGCCAUUCCAAAGCCCAAGGUUGUUAAGUCUGCAAAACCACAGAAUGUUUCUGUUAGAACAAUUCCUCAGAAGGACAACCCCACGAGCGCUGUGGUUGCCCCUCCUGAUGAUGGUGCUGUUGCAUAUAAUACUACAAAGGCCAAGGAUUCUUUAAACCAUGGUGAAAACACUUUAGAAAAGCAGAACCUGAUGGGCUUUCAAUCAUUUUCUGUAUCUGAUGGGGCGAUAGAGGGCCCAGUCUUAUUUUCUGCACUUGCUCUUCCAUCGGAUAGUGUUUCUUCUAAGAAAAUGUACACGUCUAAUACUAAACCUGAACGGAUGAGUAAAGGAAAACUUGCCCCUGCUGGUGGAAAGUUGAGUAAAAUUGAGGAGGACAAGCCAUUGAAUGGCAAUUCUACAAAAUCAACUUCUGAUCCUGUUGAGCCACGGAGAUCUAAUCGCAGAAUUCAGCCAACAUCAAGACUAUUAGAAGGGCUACAAAGCUCAUUGAUGGUCUCAAAAAUUCCAUCUGCAUCACAUGAUAAAAGCCAUAAAAGCAGGAAUGCUUCUAGAGCAGGGAAUAACAACGGUUGAAAGACGCAGGGAAGAGUUGGAUGGUCACCGGAACACAGUUGAGUAGUUUGUGUAUACUUGAAUAGAGGAGAUAGCUAGAAAUGGAAAUUCUUGCUUCCUUGGGUUUAAUUAUGAGAUGUUAGUUGGUAGAUGUUCAUAUCAAUUUUAGUGUAUUAUCACAAUUAUGAUUUAAUUUUAUAAGGCUUUUUGCCUUAAUAGGUUGUAUAUGGAAAAUUCUCCAUCUUGUUUGGGUUGAAAUUGCAGGAAGCUUUUGCA